GUGCAAUUAUUGAAAAAGAUUUUGUCGUGUCGAUAAAAUAUGAAGGUUAUUCUUGUCUGGGGGUCUCGUCUGUUUGCAUUCCAUCAGACAAAGGAGAUAACACGAUAGGGACAACAACAGCAAAAGCGACAGAGAAUCUCCAUAUAAUAAAUUAUGGCAAGCAUAAGUAGAAAGAUCUCAAGAAGAGAUACUAGAAACCGUCACCCUGGGCUGACGCAGCAGAAAAGGCAAGAGAUCAAAGAAGCAUUUGAGCUCUUUGACACUGAUGGCUCUGGAACUAUUGAUGCCGGAGAGCUGAAUGUUGCUAUGAGGGCCCUUGGAUUUGAAAUGACAGAGCAGCAAGUUGAACAAAUGAUUGCUGAUGUGGACAAGGAUGGCAGUGGUGCAAUCGAUUUUGAUGAAUUUGUACUCAUGAUGACUGCCAAGAUAGGGGAGAGGGACACUAAAGAGGAGCUCGCAAAAGCAUUUAAUAUACUAGACCAAGAUAAAAAUGGGAAAAUAUCUGCCGCUGAUAUUCAGCAAAUUGCCAAGGAGUUGGGUGAAAAAUUCACUGCAAGAGAGAUACAAGAGAUGAUUGAUCAAGCUGAUCGUGAUGGCGAUGGCGAAGUAAGUGCAGAAGAGUUUAUGAGGAUGAUGAGGAAAACCAGCUUUGCAAACUAGUACAAAUCAUAGUGUGAAGUUUAAAAUGAGACCCAACUUACUUUGAAGUUGCUUGUCCUUUUCUUUUUUCCCUUGUCCUCUAUUCCCUCUGCUCUGUCACGUAUUGUAUAUACUCCCAUACAUAUUUUGUUUCCAACUGAAUAAAUGAAGAAAACAAUUACCCAUUGAA